CAGCCUUAGCCUCUUCUCAUAGUUAAGAGUCUACUCUUCUUUGCUCCUCUUCCAACCUCUUGCUUGUUUUCGAGUAAUCACGUAUACACCUAGGAUGGCAUCCCAAACCAUUGAGAGCUACCAUGAGGGUGCCGAGGUUCACCGUGGUGACGACCUCUGCAAGAAGAAGUCCAUCCAACUCCUGGAAGAGCUCGGCCUCCCCAAGGGCUUGUUACCUCUUGAGAAUGUGGAGGAGUUUGGCUACAACCGCACGGCUGGGUUCAUGUGGCUGAUCCAAAAAAAGAAGAAGGAGCAUACGUUCAAGAAGAUCAAGCAGACGGUGUCGUAUGCCAGCGAGGUGACAGCCUUCGUGGAGCAGCGCAAGAUGAAGAAGAUAACUGGGGUGAAGACAAAGGAGCUGCUGCUGUGGCUCUCUGUUGUUGAGGUUUACAUUGAUGACCCCUCAUCCGAGAAGAUCACUUUCAAGACUGGAACUGGACUCUCUGACAGCUUCCCGGUGUCUGCCUUCGAGCUUGAAUAGUGUGUGAGAGAGAAGUUGGUGGAGCGACUAGUACUAGUCCUCUUUUCUCUCGGUAAUGGAAAAUGGAAAUUAGUUCUCGCUAUCUGUUGCUUUUCUUGUUUUUGUUGAUUUUUUCGGUUAGGAUCAAUCGCUAUCUGUUGUUGAAUUUGUCAAGGUUUUGGUUUAAUUUUUAUCUCUUGGGCAAAGUUGUUGUCUCAAAGAAGUGUUCCAGUUCGUGGUCUUAAUACAAAAUAUAUUUUU